AUGGCCGAAGACGCGUCUCGUCGCGUCGCGGCAACGUAUGCUCGUCUGAACGAGGUUCGUCAAAUUGCCUAUGCGCUUCAGUUCCCUCAAGUACCUCAGUACUAUUUACCCAUGUGUCCAACCGACGAGUAUGGUGUAUAG